GACAUAACAGUCAGUGAUAUUGAUGGAUGCUUCUUAAAAGCUCUAUAUCUCUGAUGUAUUGCGACAUUUUGCUCAGACUUCAAGGGUAUUCGAUGACAGGAGAUGAAUCUAAGUGCGGAUGAUAAAAAAAAACAACAACAUUCGUUCGAAAAAAUCUAAUUUUACAUGACGCGGAUUGCACACAAUGGACAUGAAUUAUUCUGAUGAGUGUUUUUUCCUGGUGAAUCCUGACUUCGAUAAAGUUCACUACCGUUACACCACGAACUUUAUAACAAGCAUUAUAAAUGGCUUUUUCUGCCCCGUCGCUGUUAUCGGAAAUUUCGCGGUUCUUUUCAUAAUAUUUCGAACAGCGUGGCUGCGAGAGCCAUCAAACCUACUCCUUGGAUGUUUAGCUGUUUGCGACAUGCUGGUUGGCGUUAUUGUUCAGCCCAGUUACGUUUCGUUUAGACUAAGCGAAAACCGUGAUAAUUUUGUUCCCUGUUUUGUAAGAAUGACCUACUCGACGUCAUUUUUCAUCUGCUAUGGAGUUUCCUUCCUAACUCUAAACGCAAUAAGCUACGAGAGGUACCUGGCAUUGGCGUUGCACCUUCGUUACAAAGCCCUAGUUACCAGGCGACGUAUUCUAACGCUAGCAGGUUUAAUAUGGAUCUUAAACACAUCACUGACCUGUCUUCAAUGGGCUCGAAUCAAUACCACCGUGCGAGCUAUUCACCUGACUCUCUGGUUCGUAUGCCUGUUAACCUCAGGGCUGCUUCAGUUUAAAAUCGUCGGCAUUGUUCGUCGACAUCACGAUGAAAUCCGACGACAAGAAGUCCAGUUGAACUCCAAUGCGAAUAGUUACCGACGUCAGCUUAAGCUUGCGGUUAAUAUCGCUUAUAUCGUAGGCAUUUAUAUUUUCUUUAACCUGCCGGUGCUUGUGGUGACUACUUAUCAUCAAAUUGUCCAAGGAAAUCUGAGUAGUUACAAUUAUUAUAGCUGGGCUGAAACGUUGGCUUUGUUGAAUUCGACAUUAAACCCCAUCAUUUGUUGCUGGAGAAGUCGAAAUAUCCGAAAAGCAAUUUUUAAACUUGUGGCCGUGUGGAUAACUUGUAAUACUUUGAAUGAAAUUGAAGGUUUAAGGACCGAGCCGCAGAAAAUUCGUGAGUGGUCUGUCUUGGCGGUCCGUGUUGCGAAAUCCGGACCGCUAAGAUAA